AUUUCGAAUCAAUCGAUUGAGAUGUUAUCGGUAACCAUAGCAACGGCCGUAACAACAUACAACUGUCGUUUUGGUUAUUUUCAGCAAAAAAUAUCUUGCUCGCUUUUCGAGCGCUUAUUUUGUACAAAAUGGUGUUUUGUAUGUGAAGACAAAGGAUGUCAGUGUUGAGUUUGAUCCCGGAAGAUAAACGUAAAGACCAAAGAAAAGAAUCCCUAGAGAGUGUAUACAGCAGUAACUCUCGGCUGAACCUACUGAACAAACGCAAACGCAUCAACCCUCUGACGAUGGACGCGUCCAACACUUCCUUGAGUAAGGCAGGGGACAGAUAUGUGACACAGCGUGUGCUGUCCGCCAAGACGCAUCGGGUGAAACAGCUGCAGAAUCAAUUGUCUGAUGCGCAUUAUCAUUUGCAGGAAUUGAGUAACGAGAACAAAGUAUUACGUGCCAUUCAGAAGAAACAAGAAAUAGCAUUACAAAGGUACGAGAAUUCGAACGCGGAACUGCCAACGGUACUAAACUCUCACAAUGAAGAGAUGAGGAUACAGCAGUCGAAGUAUAAACAGUUGAAGCAGCAGUUUAAGGAAGUCACAGCCAAGUUGAAAGAGAGAGACAUGCAACUGCAGCAAUUGAAGGACGAACAUCAGCAUUUGUUGGAGCUUAGUAAAGACAGAAAUCUACUAGAACGUGAAAAACUCCAAGCCCAAGUAACGGACCUAAGUUCUAAAGUUCAGCAACAGAAUGAGACGAUCACGAUGCUGCAACGUCGCAUAGCUCUCGAAGCGAAGAACUUCAGACAUCAGCUACAGACUGAAAUCAAUAAGCAUAAGGACACGAGGCAUGAUCUGGACCUGGCUAUCAAUAAUGCUGAUAAACUUACUACUAUUAUUGAGAUGAAGGAAAAGAUGCUUAGCACAGCAGCAAGUAGAACCCUUAAAUCUCCAGUCAAGACGUCAUCUGGGACCAGCAUAUCUAAACAAUCAACAAACAAGGCUAGAUCUGAAACUGACACAAGUACUACACGAGCGAGAGACGACAGAAUUAUGAUCGAGCAAAAUAUAAUGGCGAAACUGUGUGAGAACUCUCGUAGCCUGAGCAGUGCGUUAUCUCACGAUGAAGAGACUUCAUCAUCCACUGAACCUCGCUCCCGGUACGCCAGAAGUAGAUCCAACUCCACUAUAUCUCGAUCCACCCCCACACCUGGAGCAAGAAAAAAUUCUAAAGGCUCUGAUGAAGUUAUGGAGUUAGCUAAAACUGUACAAGACGGAAUGGCAGAUCUCGCAAUAUUCGACGACGAUGACUUGAGAACUUCUCCAGAUGAAUUACACAUGAAAAUGGAAGCAAUGAAAACAGAACUAAUGAAUAAAAUUAAAAGCGAUGAGACUCCUUCUAGGAAACCAAGUGCACUAAGGAGAAAGUCAACAGAAGAGUCCAUUGAGGAACAAGAGGAAAAUGAAGAACUAGAACGUCCAAAAUCUAGAGGAAGAAGAAAUUCUAAUGUGUCCUUUUUUGAAAAAUCUGCCAUUGAAGAUUCUACCACAACAGUGGCCAUACACGAAGGAGAAGUAGAAAUGAAAUUCAAACGUGAAUCUAGUGCCUUAGAACGUAAAAUUGCUGGCAAACCAAUAGAAAAAUACUGCAAAGAUAUCAUCCAAGAUAUAGAGAAAAGCAGCAAAGUUAUUGACAAGCACAUGAAAUGUUUCAACCAAUCGAGAUUCGAGAGUGACAAACUAGUUCAACAGUUGGAAGCUGUUGAUAAAAUAAAUGAAUUUGUGAAUGCAAAUGGAGAAAUACCGGAGUCUGCUUUAAAUGAACUGAAUAAUAACUUUAAAAUGUUGACUGACCAAGUGUUUACUGAUGUUAUUCCUGUCGGUAGAAAGCGGUCUAUUUCUGGUAGAAGAGGCUCAAAGGAGUCUAAGACAAACUUACUUGGUGACGCGAAUAUGACGAACCAGGAUUUAUUGGAUGAUUUGUUGGGGAAGAAAUGAUAUACGGCCUUAGAAUUUAAAAUUGUCCACUCUCAGAGCGGAGACUAGUGUUUCGUGAUUCCCGCUGCGGUGGGUAUUAAUCUAAUUAAAACAACUUGACUCGAAGAGACUCGCUUUGUAACUAAUUGGGUAGUUUACUCAGACAGCGACUUCAUUAAGAUAAACCAACAUUUUUAUUAAAUUUGCUUCUAUUACAUUUUUAUUCUGAAAAGUCUCUCGAGAUUUUAAUUACUCUUACAACUUUGUUUCGACAUUAUACUCUGGAAUUAUGAAUAAUAAUUAUGUUAGUGGCAGUUUUAUAAUGAUAUCAAAUUUCAUAGGAGACUUUAAUUAAAGUUGUCAUGUAACUUCUAGUGCUUUUAUACUGAGAAUUGAAAUACCAGUUUGAAGAGCAUAAUAAUAUUGCGAAUUAAUUUCUUAAUACUAUUUAGAGUGAUACUUUUGGUUAAUUUUCUUUUUUGUAUUCAUUUAAUACUUUAACACUAUAAUUAUUUCAAAAUUAACAGUUAACGUUUCAUUUUGGUCACGUUUUAAUGGUAGGUAUUUGUAUCAAGGCCGAUGAUUGCAGCCAAUUGAAUAGGUACUUGAAUAGAUACAAAUUGAAUAAACUGUCGAGGCGUAUAAUAUGAAAUACCAAUAGUAAAAUUUCAAUAGUCAUUGAACCGGCCAACUAUGAACGAGUUUUCGUGUUAAAUAUUUUACUUAUAUAUUGCGAGCUUUCUCAAAAAUAAUAAAUGAAAAUGUAAGGAUUAUCAGACUUAAUAUUAUUACUAGACAUUUUCGUAAAAGUUUCACCACGGCCUAAUUUCUGUGAGAGCUAAUGAAUAGUAGAAGUCGCGAAUAGGACCAAAAUAGGUUAGUUUUAAUAUUGUAGAAACCUAAUAGUUAACUCAAUAGAAAUGUUCUACUGCGGUCACGUUUAAGCAAGUUUUGUCCAAAAGCUAGAAUAUAAAAUUAUCUGCAGUGAAAACAUUUUCCUAGAUCUUACUAAUUAGGUAGUUAGACCAAAAUGUUUUGCUUUGAAUAGCUAGUUACAGUCAUGUUAUUUUACCUUUUGUCCUACUACUUCAAAUUAGGCAUUUUAAAAACUUGAUUGUAGGAUAUUCUUAGUUCAUAUGUAACAUUAUGGUUAACCCUCAUAUUGUAUCUGGGUUUCAUACAAACACAAUGUGAACGUCCUAUAGACGACAGGAAAGCUUUAUAAAUACGACUUUAUUCAAAUGCUGAACAAAUAAUAAUUGUGUUAAUUUAUUGAUAAAAUAUUGAGUGCUAUGAAUGCGUGUGUGUGCGUUUUGUAUAUCGAUGUAUAUCUGAGCUCUUUAUAUCAAUUGUUAUUCAUUAUACAGGACCAUGUGAUUCAAUGAUGAAUAAAUAUUUUAUUUUU